AUGGGCGCAGGCCAUGCGGUGGACGUCAAGCUCACCGCAACCCCAUUGUUUGUAUGUGCUCUGCAGGUGCUUUUGCCGGUUCCAGCUCUGGGACAGACUGGCAAUGGUGGCCUCGGGCCAAUCGUCCAGCAGGCUGACGCGAAACCUGGCACGCUGCACUGGGCCCUGGCGAUUAUCCUGAUUGUGGUGCUGCUGGUGGGACUCUUCCGGUCGUACCGAAUCUUAAAACAGACGCAGCACCUCACCGUGGUGAGGCAUGCCCCCGAGGGCAUGAGAAUUGUUGAGUGUGGCUCCUGCCGCACAGCACAGUACGUUAGCGCUCAUGGGCGAAUUUUCAUCUGCUGUAGCUGCCACUGUGCGAAUCGGAUUCCGAUGGAUGCUGCGCGGGCAGAGGAGCUCAUCGUUGCCGAUGGGCCGCUCAAGAAGUUCGAAUUCAAGAAGGGCGGUGAGAACUUCUGGCAGGAGGUGAGCCAGGAGGAGCUGGAGGAAGGUGCUGAGGCAUCUCCAGAAGCACCGAUACCGCAGGGCGUAGACAAACCUGCUCCGUCUUUGAUCGGCAAGGUGGAUAUGGAGAAUGCUAGUACCGGAGAACGUUUUCCACAGUGUGUAGUUUGUUUGGAUGAACCGGGCUGCAUGGUUCUGCUGCCAUGCGCUCAUGGAGGUGUGUGUGAGGCAUGUGUGACGCGAAUUGUCCAAAAUCGAGCUUUCGGGGGCUCUCACUGCCCCCAUUGCCGAUCAACCAUAAGCACCAUCGUCAAACUUCAAGAGGUUGAAGGGGAGCUGGCCAAGGGAGUCGAAUUGCGAAUACCCAUGGCCUUGAAGACAGGGCGCGUGGACGAAGCUGCCAGUUGCAGCACCCUGGCAUGCGCCCCCCUGGAGGUGCCCGACGAUCUUGAAGUCCAGACUCCGGCGAUUCCUCUGUCCAAGGCAAGUGACAUUGUCUUCAGGGAAGCAUUGCACGAGGAUGUGCAGGGCGGUGGUGCUCGACAUGCACCUGCCGUCUCCAAAAUGUGGAGCAACAUUCCAGCUCAUGUUCGGGAGUCUUUCCGAGCUCCUGCCAGCCUAGAAGAUGCGCCAAAGCCUUCUGCUCCGCUUCUGCUGGACAACGUGAUGUCGAAGUUCAAAAAUCUGGUCACACGCGUUGGUUUUGGACCGGCUAAGUGGUCGGAGGCUGCCAGACCGUACUACCAGGGAAAGAUACCGUUGGCACCUUACCAAAAGGGUCAAACAGCCGCCUACAACUACCCGCCAUUUCUUGUGCCACGCGAGCUGGCCCAUCGCUUCCCACUGGACAUGUAUGUGGACCCUAUUUUUCAGACUUCGGACGCUGCGCAGCGCAUCCGUAUGAGGGGUGUCACGCUCUUUCCGCGCUUGCAGGGGAAGACAACUCUGCUGCUGGUCUUCUCUGGGCAGCCGUUGAGCGGCUUGUGGACGGGCCUCCGUAGUUGGAUUGAGGCUGCCAAGGAUUUUCAUGGCCUGCCCAACACUCAGGUUCUGAAGCUGCACUGCGAGGAGGGUUGGUUCAGUCGCAGAACUCAUCAGCUGACAAAGUUCCAGCUGCGACGGCAGGUUGAUGAAAGUGAACUUUGGACUACUUUCGUCUAUCGCGGUAAGUGGAAGUGGGAAUACGAGCGGGCUCUGCACCUGUACAACAAGGAGUUGCCGGUGGUGCUAUUGCUGGAUGCCGUGGGAUACGUGAGAUGGCAUGCCGGUGCCUCAGCACCGGCAGCAAGGUCCAGAGAAUAUCAAUAUGUGUGUGUAUCUGUAUAUAUAUAUAUAUGCAUACGUGCAAAUAAAUAA